ACAUCCUACAGCCUGCGCGAACCAGGCGCAACUUCACAACACCUUCGCACGCCACAACAAUUGCGUAUCCAGCCCAUUCAAACUUCUCCGAAAAUAGCCUUCUCUCCUGACACCCAUCCGGACUCCUGACUUUACUACACCAGAGCCCAUAAGCUCCCCAUCCUCGCACGAUGCCAAAAGCAAAGCAAAAGCGCACCAAAGGCGCCGAUAAAGAUGCCUCGCCUUACGCACGCCCGACGUCUGCCAAAGCCUCAGCCGCACACUCAAUCUUCAAGAUGGACAAAGACCUCGGUCAACAUAUCCUUAAAAACCCUGGUGUCGCAACCGCCAUUGUGCAAAAAGCGCACCUCAAGCAAAGCGACCACGUCCUUGAAGUCGGACCAGGAACCGGCAACUUGACAGUAUUGAUCCUCAAAGCAGCGAAGCAAGUCACAGCCGUGGAAAUGGACCCUCGAAUGGCGGCCGAACUCACAAAGCGAGUGCAAGGCAGCCCAGAAGAAAAGCGUCUCACAAUCCGCCUAGGCGACGUGAUAAAAGCCGAACUCCCACGCUUCGACGUCUGCAUAAGCAAUACGCCGUACCAAAUCAGUUCGCCUCUGGUCUUCAAGCUCCUCGCUCUGCAACACCCCCCGCGCUGCUGCAUACUCAUGUUCCAGCGCGAAUUCGCCAUGCGCCUCUUCGCACGCCCCGGCGAAAAACUCUACUCCAGACUCUCUGUAAACGUGCAGAUGUGGUCCAAAGUCAGCCACGUCAUGAAAGUCGGUCGUAACAACUUCAAUCCGCCUCCUCAGGUCGAAUCGAACGUCGUGCGCAUCGAGCCCAAGAAUCCAAGGCCGCAGAUAGCAUAUGAAGAGUGGGAUGGCUUGUUACGCAUCUGCUUUGUGCGUAAGAACAGGACGCUUCGUGCGUCGUUUUUGGGUACGGCGGCUGUGUUGGAACUCCUGGCGAGUAACUACCGGUUGUUUUGCGCGCAGAAUGAUAUCCCGGUUGACGAUACGCCGCUUGAUCCGAGUGAGAUGGUGGAGCCGGAGACUAUGGAGGUGGAUGACGAGUUCAAUGGCUUCUCGGAUCCAGAUGACCCAGAUGAUGAGUUGCCUGACUUCUUCAAGCAGUUGCAGGCGGAGAAGAGCAAGAGUAAGAAUGGAGUAAAUAGGAAGAGGAAGGGUAGGGUUAGUGAGCUGGUGAGGGAGAAAGUGAGGAAGGUGCUUGAGGAUGAUACGCAGUUGGCGGAUAAGCGGGCAAGGUUAUGUGACGAAGGUGACUUUUUGAAGUUGCUGUACGCGUUUAACCAAGAGGGCAUACAUUUCAGCUAG